AUUCAAAUGAGUUUUUCUUAGUUUUACGAUAAUUUCGAAAUUCGAAUACAAUUUCGAAAAUAACGUCUGAGCACGUUGUAGUCACUACUUACAAGUUCAAUAAUUUCAUAAAUCAAAUUUAACUCAAAAAUUAUUAUUCACGAUAACAAGAAUAUUUAUAGAGAAUACAAUGAAAAAGAAUACUAUUAAAGUGAAUCCUGCUUUUGAAAAAAGGCUUAGAGAAGAAUAUAAUCGUUUGAAACAGCCAGAUUUAAAAGAGAAGGAAAUUAUUAACAUGGUCUGGAAGAAUAAUCGAACACAAUGUCUGUCAAAUGCAAAUGAAAUUGCAGAAAGAAUGAGUAACAUAACCUGCACAUUCAUUGAUGAUCUUUGCAAUCCCGAUGAUGACGAAGAGUGCUCAAAUAAAGCAAUGGUAACAAGUGAUAAAAAGAAAGAGCAGUCAGCACCAGUUUAUGUUAUGACAAAAGCUGUUCCGUUACCAAGAAUGUCUCAUUGGUCAGCAAUGCAACAGAAUUUUAAAACUGAAGAUGAAACUUUCCUUAAUAACUAUCCUAAUUUGGAUGAAGCAGUUCUGGACAAUGAUCCAAAUUUCAUGGAUGAACUCGUUGCAAAAUAUGAUGGAAAAUUUCAUGAUGACAGUGAAUUUGAAUUACUCGAUGAUAAAAUUUUAGUUGAACUGGUUAAGGCAAUGAUUCCAUACCAAUCGAAUAAUUUACAAGAAAAUACUCAAAAUAAAGAUUCUUGUCAAAUGACAACUAUACAAAUUAAAUCUCCAAGUCAAGAGAUUUUCGUUGCAAUCAGUAAAAUAUUUGAAAGUGGAAAAACUGCCGACGAAAUUCGUGAAAAAUAUAUUGAACUGACUAAGGUUAUGGAACCAAAACUCCCUUCAUCAAAUAUCGACGGACCCGAUGCCGAUUCACUUUCAUUCGAACAAAGUGUAAACUCUUAUCAAACGUUAUUUUGCCGUCGUUGUUUCAAAUUUGAUUGUUACACUCAUGACUUGCCAUCAGAUUCAGAAACAAACUUUAAAAAACGUGAAACUCAAGAAGUUGAAGAAAGUCUGAAACCAUGUAGCAAGGAAUGUUAUAAAAUUUUUAAAAAAACGAACAUAAAUAACAAGAAAAAUGAAAUCGAAGCAGCAACCUCAAGUUCCUUCAUCGAACCUGAUGAUGUCUGGACUGGUUCCGAUCAAUCACUCUUUCGUGUUUUACGUAACUCCUUUUCAAACAAUUAUUGCGCAAUUGCACGAGGAUUGCAAACAAAAACUUGCCAGCAAGUUUAUCAGUUUUCUUUGGGUGAACCAUUAGAGUUGGUUGAGUCAAAACUUGCUUCAUCUCAAGUCAUAGAAAAACAAAAGAAAGUCGAGACAGACUUGUGGAAAAAACAUUUUCUGAAAGACGCAAGUGAAAUAAAAUGGUCGAACUACACACCAUGUGAUGAUGUUGGAGAGUGUGGAAAGAAUUGUUCCUGUUUUGCUAUUGGAAAUUGUUGCGAAAAAUAUUGCAACUGCUCUUUGAAAUGUUCAAAUCGCUACCCAGGUUGCAGCUGCAAGGGUCGAUGCAACACAAAAUUAUGCGGAUGCAGACUGGCUUUAAGAGAAUGUGAUCCUGACGUGUGUAAAUGUGAUGCUCGUCAGCCUGAUAAUGAUAAAUUAAUUUGCGACAAUGUUAAUAUUCAACGUGGAUUGAAAAAACAUUUGUUAAUGGCAAUAAGUGAUGUUGUUGGAUGGGGAAUCUUUCUAAAGGCCGGAGCUAAGGCAAAUGAGUUCAUAAGUGAAUAUUGCGGUGAAAUCAUCUCUCAAGAAGAAGCAGAUCGCCGUGGAGCCGUUUACGAUAAGCAAAACUGCAGUUACUUGUUCAAUCUCAACAAUGAAUAUUCUAUUGAUGCAACACGAAAAGGAAAUAAAAUUCGUUUUGCAAAUCACUCAGAACGUCCAAACUGCUAUGCAAAAAUAUUUCGUGUCAAUGGUGAUCAUCGCAUUGGAAUUUUCGCUAAACGAGAGAUUCAACCAGGUGAAGAACUCUUCCUUCAUUAUAGCGAACAUUUUAUUGGACAUUUUUAAUGUUUAUUUCUGAUUAUCUAAUAAAAAAAUGAAAUAUUCGUAGAGUGAUUGUUUAAUUUACUUACCUAAGCAACUUUUAAUUUGCA